AUGGAGCAUCGAAACAGCACAGAGGUGACAGAGUUUGUGUUGCUAGGACUGUCUCAGACCCAGGAGGUCCAGCUGUUCCUCCUUGGCUUGUUUCUUCUCUUCUAUUCACUGAUCCUCCCAGCUAAUGUCCUCAUCAUCCUCACCAUCAAUGGAGACCCCCACCUGGGCUCCCCCAUGUAUUUCUUCCUGGCCAGCCUGGCCUUCCUGGACAUUUGUUACUGCUCUGUCACCCCACCUAGAAUGCUGGCUGACUUCUUCUCCUGCUGCAAGGCUAUCUCCUACGGGGCCUGCAUGGCCCAACUAUUCUUUCUUCACUUCUUAGGAGCAGCUGAGAUGUUCCUGCUUAUUGCCAUGGCCUUUGACAGGUACAUGGCCAUGUGUAAGCCACUACACUAUGCCACUGUGGUAAACAGGGGAGUCUGCUGGGCCUUAGUGGUGGCUGCCUGGGCAGGCGGAUUGAUUCACUCCAGCAUCCAGGUUGCCCUCAUUGUUCCUCUCCUUUUCUGUGGCCCCAACAAGCUGGACAACUUCUUUUGUGACAUCAGCCAGGUGAUCAAAUUGGCUUGCACUGACACGUACAUCUUGGAAUUCAUCAUGUUCUUCAACAGUGGCAUGGCCAUGCUCAUGUGCUUUCUUCUUCUGUUGAUCUCCUAUGGGGUCCUGCUGUUACGGCUGAGAGCAAGUUCCUCCUAUGAAAAGAGCAAAGCAGCUUCCACCUGUGUCACCCACAUCAUGAUUGUCUUUGUUAUGUUUAGCUCAGCCAUCUAUCUCUACUGCCGGCCCUUCCGCAGCUUCCCUAUGGACAAGGUGGUGGCCGUGUUCCACACUGUGGUCUUCCCUCUCAUGAAUCCCAUGAUCUACACACUGAGGAACAGGGAGAUUCUCAGUGCUAUGAAAAGGCAGCUGGGCAGAUCUGGUCUCUGGAAAGGAAAAUAG